UAUAUCUAGAGUGGGAGGAAACGAAGAAACAUGGGGAAACGCAACAACAAGGCCAAGCGAACCCUAAGCUCGCUGCCGAGAGGCCUCGUUCGCCGAAACGGCGGGAGCGAUCCCGGAAACCCCUUUGAGAUGACGGCCAGGUUCAAGCGUCCUAAGCACGAGGUGCACAACCGGCCGGUAUCCAAGCCGAAAUCCACCAAGCAUGCACUAGAGAGUCUGCAGCGGCGACAAAACACCCUGCGAUCGAACCUGAAGGACUCGAAAAAGCACAACACCUUUCUCGAUCGCCGUAUCGGUCAGUACGACACAGGCAUGUCCCAGGAAGACAAAAUGCUGGCUCGGUUGGUCAAGGAACGGACCCGCCAAUCUAAUCGGUCCUCUAAGUUCCGACUGGACGAUGACGACGGUGGUGGCGAUGCCAUUCUUACCCACAAGGGGAAGAAACUCGAUCCAAACAAGAGCGAGGUUAUGUAUUCGGACGACGAAGGCGACGAGAGCGGCAACCUUGAGGCGGUAGAUACGGAGCUGCAUUUCGGGGGUUCGGGGAUGGGAUCGUCCAAUCCAUACGGAAAUUCCAUGGCCUCGGGCACGGACUUGUCCCAGCUCUACGGACAAACGAGGAAGACCGAGCUGGACGACCUAAUCGCCCGUCGUAAAGCCAUGAAGGCGGAAAAGAUGCAGGCUAAGGAAACGCAGGUGGACACUUUCGAAAAAAUGGACGAAGACUUUGGGGAGCUUUCCGCUUUGCUCAGGUACCGCAAGAACGAGAGGAAGCCCCUGAUACCUCCCAAACCGACGCAGGAAGACAACGAAAUGAAGGAGUGGAACUCCGAGAUACGACAGAUGAUGGCCAAACCCAAGAGGCGCGCCACCGACCGAACUAAGACGCCCGAAGAAAUCGCUAAGGAAGAGUCGGAACGACUUCACGAACUAGAAACACGGAGAAUGGCCAGAAUGAACGGAGACUUUGACGAAGACGAUUUUUCGGACAUUGAGAUUGACCAGGGGGGGAGGAAGAAGCAGAAGCCGAAACAACGGGGUCCCGACGAGCUGUCGGACUCGGAAGACGAGGAGGAAGAAGGGAACGAGGUAAAAUUCACAGCAGAUGGAACCUUCAUAGAACAAGACGACGCCGACGAGUCGGACUCGGGGAGCGACGAUUCAGAGGACGAACCCGACGACGAAGACUACCACCCGCUUUCCGAGGGUGCGCGCGUCCGCGCCAACUAUAGGGCGGCGGAGCAAUUCGAGGGCCGCGAGAACUGGUACGAGGGGAAAAUCACCAAGGUGCACGAAAGCCCCUCAGGUGCUGUCACGUACGAUGUCGAAUACGACGAUGGCGAUACCGAAGAAGACAUGAUCCCCAAGAAUGUUCGUCCCGUAGAAAGCGUUCAGAAGAUCAAGAAAGAAGACAAACAGAAAAGGAAUGAAGCCAAGCUGGAGCAAAUGAAGCGGAAAAUGGCAAAAGAAAAAGCCCGGUACGUAACAAAGGAACAAAUAACAACAUAUGUAUGCAUUUGACAAGCCGUAACGCACCUGUCAUCUCGGUGUUUCUUUAUUCCAUUUGUCGCACGUGCGUGUACAGCCUCGUUGCUGCACAUUCUGUACGCGUGUCUUCAGAGGUGUUUCCGGGCGUUUUGCCCUCGCAUCUUUGUAUUGACAAAAGAAGCACCAAAAACAAAUACUAUGCCACAUAGUACCCUCAAGAUGAUAUCAACACUUGUGUGUCUCCCUGGCAAUCACAUUCGUUACCUAGGUAAUAUUACUCUGUACUGUACUCAUGUUUUUUCUUUCUCUUCCUGUACAACCAAAGAUCGGAAAUUCCAUACGUGUUCGAAGCGGUUACAACGCUAGAAGGGCUUCAUGAUUUAAUCGGUAGAUAUGCAUCUACGGGAAAAGACGCUUCGACGAUCAUCAAACGAAUACACGCUUCCAACUCCGUGCGCCUAGACCAUCGGAACGGAGAGAAGAUGCAAAACUUUUACGAUGUCUUGCUCCGUAGAUUCGUGGCAGUCGGGGACGCAAUUUUUGAUUCCGGGAACGGCGGGCAAGAACUCGGGCGAUACGAACAACUGAAUUGCAUCACAAAAGUUAUGUACGACAUGGCCCAGGACUCUCCUGAGAGUGCGGGCGCCGUGUGGAGCCGUCGAAUUGGGAUUCUCCGAAACGCCCACGACAAACGAUUGCGCGAUUCCAGUUUUAUUCGAGGCGACGAGGAAAUGGAAGACGGUGGAUUUUGGAGUGCAUGGCCAACGACUGGGGUGUUUCUUCUGAUGCGUUCGCUCGGACACAUUUUUCCCGUCACGGAUCGCCGUCACCACGUUGUCACGCCAGCGAUCCUUCUCUUAGCUCAGUACACGGCUCAAACCCCUGUUUUAUCUACCUACGAUCUCACCAUGGGCAUCCUGUGCUCUGGUUUGCUGAUGGAAUAUUCAAAGGAAGCAAAGCGAGUUGUUCCUGAAGCUUUGAGUUUCAUUGCUUCGGCGAUUCGAUUGUUUUCUCCGGACGACGCCGGAAACUUAACAAACCCUGCGCUUCAAACAGCGUACAACCAACCAUUUUGCGAGUCACUGCGCAAGAAUAUCUCGAGAUAUGAAGAUGCAUCUCUUCCUUCGUUGAAAAUCGAAAACGAUUUUAUAAUGAGCGAGGAAAGCCCCGAAAUCGCGGUGACAUUGCUUUCGCUAUGCAUUGGGUUGGCAGAAAAAUACGUCGAGGCCCUUAACGGUUCUUUUUCUGUUUCCGCCGAGACCGAAAUGCUCUAUGAUAUUACCAACGCUAUUUUGAGUCUGCAACCGAAGUCGUACCCGAUCACCCUUCAAAAGAAAAUCUCCAAGACAGCCGCCUUGAUUGCAAAGGUAUGCCCAGCUCAGAGAAUCCCGCUGCGGCGGAGAGGAAAGCCGACGGCGAGCGAGAUGGCCAUCAAGACACUGGCCCCCCGUAUGGAAGACCCAACACGAUACUCUAUGUCUCGCGAUAAGGGCAAGAAAUCGGCGCAGGCCGCGAUCGAUAGAACCCGCCGCGAAUACAAGCGCGAGCACAAGGCGAUCAGCCGCGAGCUUCGCUUGGAUGGUCAAUUCAUCGAGUCAGAGCGAAGAAAGGAAAAAGAAAGGAAAGAUGGCAAGGCACGUGCGAAACGCCAAAAGAAUUUCAAUUGGUUGGAAGGGGAAGUUGCUGCAAUGAACGAACAAGUGAGACAAGGUGGAGGACUAUUGAAAGGUGGUGGAACUGGUUUGGCUCGUGCAAAGGCUGCGACAGCGAAGAUGGGAAUCAAGAAGGGUGGCAAAUUCUGAGCAACAGAUUUCGUUAUUCUACUGAACUAUUGCCGUGUCGUAUUCUUUACUGAUACACACAAGACCGCUACGCAUUUAUUCGUUCCGUACUUGAUGCAAUCUAAAUCGCAUUCAAACUGACCUGUGUUCAGCAUGAAGUACUUGCUAGUAAAAACCGGUUAUUUCUUUUUUGAAAUCCAUGAAUAGUAUAAUUUGUACAUCAAUACAUGCAAUGAAAGUAU